AUGGCAACACCAACCUGCUGGGCAGCGAGUUGCUUCGACCUGUACUGCUUGACUUGCGGGUCUGCUUAUGGCAUCCCUGGGGAAGGUAUUUUAACAGACCUUGCCAAGAGAUUGAUAGAUAAAACCAUAAAGGAAGUUAAUUACUUUCGUCAUUUCGAGACUCAUGAUCAUGAGUUUGAUGGGGACAAUCAACUUUUGAUUGGAAGAUUAGAGAAAGUUCAAAAGGAUAUUGACGAUGCCAAAAAGAAUGGGCAUCAAGUUGAAGGUGAAGUUCAAGGUUGGGAAGACAAAAUUCAAGGAACUUAUGGAUGCUUUAGACGAUGGAAAUCAUUACAUGAUUGGAUUGCAAGGGAUGGGGGGAACGGCAAAACCACAUUGGCAACACAAGUAGGAAAGCAAGUUGAAGAAUCCAAAGCAUUUGAGAAAGUCAUCUUUGUUGUUGUGUCUAAUCCUCCAGAUGUCAACAAGAUUCGAGGCGACAUUGCAAGGGAAUUAGGGUCAGGAAUUUUCGGGGAAGUUAAUGACUAUUGUGCAGCAAGAAGCCAACCACUUGCAGUGAAAAAUGAACUCGUAGCUUCUUCUUUGCUACUGAAGGUUGAGAACAAAGAAUGUGUAAAGAUGCAUGACUUGGUUCGUGAAGUAGUCCAAUGGAAAGCAAAGGAUGAUAUUCAAGUGAUUAUGAUUUCAAAAACAACUUUUGAAGCAACCAAGCAAUUUGUGUUUUGGAGCAUUGAUGAUUUUCCUGAUCAUCAGUUUGAUGGUACGAAAGUUGAGAUUCUACUUCUUUGGAUUAGUGGAAAUACUUUGAAAAAAGAUGCAAACGCAUUCUUUGCAAGGAUGUCACACCUCAAAAUUCUGUUUUUGCUCAAUCAAUAUGACAGAAAAGUUCCCACUCCGUUGUUGUCGCAAUCACUUGUUUCAUUAAAAAAUAUUCAAACUCUUAUCUUGGAUGGUUGCGAAAUAGGCAACUUCUCAGUUUUGAAGAAUUUACAUGGUCUUGUGACACUUGAGAUGGAAAGUUGUCUAAUUAUUGAAUUAUCCCAAGACAUCAUGGAACUAAAGAUGUUGAGAUUGUUGGGGUUUAAGAAAUGUGAAAUUCAAAAGAACAAUCCCCUUCAAGUGAUUGAAAGAUGGUCACAAUUGGAAGAAUUGCAUUUUGUUGAGAAUUACAGUAUUGAGGAUUGGUACAAAGAAAGUGAAGAUGAAAUUGCUCCCCAUAUAUCUUUUUCUGCAUUGCAAAUGUUUUCAAUUGCUUGUAAUGGUUUUAAACGUUUUGCUGAUGAUGAUAAUGGCCUAUUAAAAUGCUUCAAUUCGGAACAUGUGGAAGAUUUAAUAUCAGAACCCAUGUUUAAGUACCUUGUGCGAAGAGCAGAAGUUCUUGAGCUGGGGAAUUUAAAACAAAGAGGAGGGAAAAGUCUUGUCCCUGACAUUAUUCCUGUGGAAGAGGGAGGCAAGGAUAAUUUAAUCAAGCUACAUAUGUAUGAUAUGGAUGUGAAAGAAUUAUGUCGCGGUGCUAUGCCUUCUAGGUUUCUUGAGAAGUUACAGAUUUUAAAGUUAGAUGGUUGCAGGGAACUGCAAAAUAUAUUCUUAGACGCAAAUCUCAAGCUACCUCAUCUGAGGGUAUUGGAAUUGAAAGAUUGCCCAAUGUUCCAACCAUCAAUUUUCAAACCCUUUUUUGCUCGAAGUCUUGGGAAAUUGGAAGAAUUAAUAGUUGAAGGUUUCACAGAGCUAAAAAGUUUAAUUGCAGACGAGAGUUCAGAAGAAGAAAUGAGGGUUGUUGAUUAUCAAAAACAUCAUGGCUUAUUGUUUCCUGCAUUAGAGUCUCUUCAAAUUAAAAGAUGUGGCAAAUUAGAAGUGGUAUCAUCAUUUCUUCUAGCUGGAGACCUUCCCAGGUUGAAAGAUUUAGACAUAUAUGAUUGUGUGGAGCUAAAAUACAUAUUUGGUGAAUAUAAAGAUAAAGAUAAUGCGGGCCAAGUUGUGCAACAGGGAAUCAUGCUCCCUUUACUAACACAAGUGACACUUCGGAGCGUACCAAGUUUCGUUAACAUAUUUCAAAAAUGCAAGACUUGUGUGCCAAGGCCGCCUCAUAUUUUGAAAGAAGAUUCGAAGGAGAGACAUAAGAACUCUAAGAUAAGUGCUUUCUCAUGGGCUCAUGGUUGUUGUUUUCUGGCCCCAACUAAACACAGUAAUAUUGGAGUUUCUAGUGCCCCCCUACUGGAAGACUGCACAAUCUCACAGAUUGUUGUUGAGAAAUAG